CGAAAGUGUAAAAUAAACAAAACAAAAAAGUCGAAGGUAGAGGUUUUCGCCUUCACUUUAAAACGGAAUAAACAGCCGUAAUCGUGUUAAAUAUAUAGACUUUGCAAAAAAAAACAUAUCGAAAACAUUUUUCUGUCACUGUUAUGUCAGUGCCGUCGGUUCCUUUUGUUAAAGGAUGGAGUUUUGUUCAAACGCUGGGCGAAGGAACAUAUGGAGAAGUGAAAUUGGCGGUAAAUGACGAAAAUACGGAAGCAGUGGCCGUUAAAAUAGUGGAAUUAAAGAACGCCACACAUUUGAUCACGUCGAUUAAAAAAGAAAUUGCCAUUCAUAAAAUGCUGCAACACGAAAAUGUGAUCAAGUUCUAUGGAACAAGAAAGGAAGGGGAUUAUCAAUAUAUCUUCCUUGAUUAUGCAAAAGGGGGAGAACUCUUUGAUCGCAUUACACCUGAUGUAGGCAUGCCCCAACACCAUGCACAGUGCUUCUUUCGGCAGCUCAUUUCAGGAGUUGAAUACUUACAUUCUUUGGGUAUCACACAUCGAGAUAUUAAACCAGAGAACAUUUUACUCAAUGAAAAUGAAGUUUUAAAAAUUGUUGAUUUUGGUUUUGCAACCGUGUUUCGCUAUAAAGGUAUAGAAAGGAACGUAAAUCAACAAUGUGGAACCCCACCAUAUGUAGCCCCUGAAGUGAUGCAAAAUAAACCUUACAAAGCUGAACCUGCAGACAUCUGGUCUUGUGCUAUUGUUCUUGUAACAAUGCUUGCUGGUGAAUUGCCAUGGGAUAGUCCAUGCCUAGGAUGUGAGGAGUAUGCUAACUGGUUAGAACACCACAUCGAAUUUUCUCCUUGGACAAAAAUUGGGACAGCACCUCUUGCUUUGUUGCGCAAACUGUUAACUGCAUCAGCAAGUGACAGAUACACAAUAAGUGACAUCAAAAAGGAUCGGUGGUACAAGAAGCAAUUACAACAGAAACGCCGUCUCUCCUCCCCUGUUGGUUCACCAUUUACAAAGAAGGGAAUGGUGGAAUAUGAAAAUGCAGUUCGUGGAAAAAAUGAAGUUCAGAUAUCUGCUUCCCAGCCUGAACCUGGCUUGGUUGGACCUGGUGUUUCUGACGAUUCUGUUGGUAGUCUUUUACAUGUUAGCUUAUCUCAGCCUGAUCAGUCAACAAGCAUGUUGGUGAGCACGCAAUUCCUCAGUACUCCAUGCAGCUCACAAACUGCCCUACAACGUUUGGUGAAGAGAAUGACUCGAUUCUGGAGCUGCAAGAACACAUGUGACACAUUAAACACAAUUAAGGCCGUCUGCAAACAACUAGAGUAUUCUGUAAAACAACCAACUUCUAUGGAGCUGACAAUCAUCACUAAGGAUCGUAGGUUACGGCGUUUAGUUUUUAAAGUGUUUGUUUACCCUGGUGCCUCUGAGAUUGCUAACGUUGAGACCAGUACACAAUUCACGCUUGUGGAUGUCCGGUUGUCUCAAGGGGACGGGUUGGAAUUUAAACGGUGUUAUGACGAACUGAACAAGCGUUUAAUUGACAUAGUGCAAAAGCUAGUACCCACUUGGGCAAUGCCAACUUUAAACAAAGGCUGAGCCGAUGAAGGACUCGUCAACGCAUCUUAGAUAGUUUGAAUGCACUUGGCAUGGGCUUGCCAUGAAGGAAUACAAACCUCGUUCAUAUUCGUUUUAUAUUAACACCUGUAAUGUAUCUUCUGCUUGGAAUUUCAUUAUUUAUCUUCUUUCACAACAGCACGACAAACCAACUAUAACCCCAAUAAAGUUUCAUUAACAAA